GAGGCCACAGAAGGGCCCCUCUGGCCCGCGACCGCCGCUCGACUGCUCCGGGACGCGGACCCGAGGAGCGCCGAGGCCUCCGCCUCCGGGCCGUUUCCCCGGCAACGCCUCCGGGCCGUUUCCCCGGCAACGCGCGGCCGGCCGUUCCAGCCCCUGCCAUGGACGCUCUGUCCCGCGCCGGCCCUCGCCCGGCUCGCGGCCGCCUAGGCGUGUCGUCCUCCGGGACACAGGCUCUGGCGGCUCCCUGGACGCGCUUCUCGGCCUGGCUGGAGUGCGUGUGCGUGGUCACCUUCGACUUGGAGCUGGGCCAGGCGCUGGAGCUGGUAUACCCCAGCGACUUCCGGCUCACGGACAAGGAGAAAAGCAGCAUCUGCUACCUGUCCUUUCCUGACUCCCACUCAGGCUGCCUCGGGGACACGCAAUUCAGCUUCCGAAUCCGUCAGUGUGGAGGACAGAGGAGCCCCUGGUCCACCGACGACAGGCACUAUGACAGUGGGGCCCCCGUGUCACUGCAGAAGGAGUCAUCACACUACUUUGGCUACGUGUACUUCAGGCAGGUGAAGGACAGCUCUGUGAAGAGGGGCUACUUCCAGAAGUCCCUCGUGCUGGUGUCUCGCCUGCCAUUUGUCCGGCUGUUCCAGGCGCUGCUGAGCCUCAUUGCCCCUGAGUACUUCGACAAGCGAGCACCCUGCCUGGAGGCAGUGUGCAAUGAGAUUGACCAGUGGCCAGCCCCCAAGCCUGGGCAGACCCUGAACCUGCCUGUUGUCGGCGUCGUCCUCCAGGUGCGCGUCCCGUCCAGGGUGGACAAGCCUGACUGCAGUUCUCUGAAGCAGUGUGGCCAUGAGAACCUGCUGCUGACCCCGCUGGUCCUUAGCAGUGUCCAUGAGCUGGACCUGUUCAGGUGCUUCCAGCCCGUGCUGACCCAUGUGCAAAUGCUGUGGGAGCUUAUGCUCCUUGGGGAGCCCCUGGUGGUCCUGGCGCCCUCCCCCACCGUGUCCUCGGAGAUGGUGCUGGCCUUGACCAGCUGCGUGCAGCCCCUCAAGUUCUGCUGCGACUACCGCCCUUACUUCACCGUCCACGACAGCGAGUUCAAGGAGUUCACCACCCGCACGCAAGCCCCACCAAACGUGGUCCUGGGAGUCACAAACCCUUUCUUUAUCAAAACACUCCAGCACUGGCCCCACAUCCUCCGCGUCGGGGAGCCCAAGCUGUCAGGGGGUCUUCCUAAACAGGUCAAGCUGAAAAAGCCCUCGAGGCUGAAGACCCUCGAUACCAAACCAGGCCUCUACACCGCGUAUACGGCCCACCUGCACCGCGACAAGGCGCUGCUCAAACGGCUGCUCGGUGGCCUGCAGAAGAAGCGGCCGCCAGGUGCACUGGCCGCACUGCUGCGGACGCACCUGCUGGAGCUCACGCAGAGCUUCGUCAUCCCACUGGAGCACUACAUGGCCAGUCUCAUGCCCCUGCAGAAGAGCGUCACGCCCUGGAAGGUGGGCUCCCGGUCCACGUGGCCGUCGGGCAGGGGCUGGACGCAGGCCCCUCCCCAGAUCCGCCCCUUCCACCAGGACGACUUCCUGCGCAGUCUGGAUCAUGCGGGGCCCCAGCUCACCUGCAUCCUCAAGGGUGACUGGCUGGGCCUCUACAGGCGGUUUUUCAAGUCCCCCCAUUUUGACGGCUGGUACCGGCAGCGGCGCAAAGAGAUGGCGCAUAAACUGGAGGCCCUGCACCUGGAGGCCAUCUGUGAGGCGGACAUUGAGACCUGGAUGAAGGACAAGUCCGAGGUGGAGGUUGUGGACCUGAUCCUGAAACUUCGGGAGAAGCUGGUGCGGGCACAGGGCCACCAGCUCCCCGUGAAGGAGGAGACACUGCAUCGGGCCCAGCUGAACAUCGAGAUGGUCAUCGGCUCCCUGCCCAAGGACCUGCAGGCCGUCCUGUGCCCCCGCUAGGACAGGCCGGGGGGCAGGGUCCAGGGCCUGGGUUUCCCUGGGGGCCUGGGUCUGGCCAAGCUUCCUUCUCCCCAGUGAGGGGCAGCCCCAGCCAAGCAUGAGCUCCCCAAGGCAAGCUCCCUGCUGCUUCCUGGCCUUGCCCCACUUCCCAGCACCACUACUGUGCUGCAGUAAAAGUGGCAUUUGGAGCCACAGCCUAGCUCCUGA